AUGACGGUAUGGAUAAGAUUCCCGGAACUUCCAGUUGAAUACUACGACAAACAAGCCCUUUUUGAAAUUGCAAAAGUCGUGGGUACUCCGAUUAGAGUGGAUUAUGCAACGGAUAAUCUAACACGAGCAAGGUACGCAAGGGUCUGCCUGGAUUUAGAUUUGUCAAAAUCAUUAGUUACUUCUGUUUGGGUGGUUAGUCAAUGGCAAAGAGUUGAAUAUGAAAAUAUUCAUUCUCUUUGUUUCACUUGUGGAAAAAUUGGUCAUUCAAAAGAAAAAUGCGGCUCCGCUCUUUCUGCUUCCCAAGAUAAGAUUCAUGCAGACCAUUCACCAAAGGCCACAUCAUCAUCCACUACACAAACAUAUUCAUCCACUACACAUGCAGACCAUUCACCACAUGACACGUCACCACCCACUACCCAAACAUUGAACUUGCAAACAACGUUUCCUAAACAAACCACUCACGCCACCACCCAUAGGGAGUUUGCUUCAGCUGAGCAGUUUGAAGCCAAAGGAGAUUAUGGGCCGUGGACUGAAAACAAAUGGAGCUUAUUGGAGAAGGAAGAUUUGGAGAGCAAGAUGACUGAAGAAUGUGAAGAGUUAAACCUUGGGAGAACUAAUGCUAGCCAUCUUAAAGAGAUUUUAUGCGUGUUUCCAUGUAUAAAUCCUUCACCUUCCAAAAGCCAACACCCAACAACUGAAUUACAAGUAGCAUACUCAACAAUGGUCGACGCCGGUACCCAAUUACCAGCGAUUCCUUCAUCUUCCACCUCUAGCCAGGAUUUGCUUUUAAAUGAAAAGCUUUCCAACUUUUCAAAUCACUUUCCUGGAAACCAAAACAAAGAAAAAAAUCCUCAAAGAAAAGUGAGCAAUGGAAAAUCGGAAAGUUUAUCAACCAAGGAAAAAAUAUCCUCAACGUCGAUCAACUCGAAUCAACCAGAGAGGAGAUCUUCUUCCACCCAACCUCCGCUCUCAACCAAUCAAUUCGCCAUCACCCCCAUCCCCCCAUGUACCACAAUCACCAACCCUUCCAUCUCCACAACCCCUCAAUGCAGCCACUCCACCUCCUCUCUCGUCCCGCCACUUUCCCCCACUAUCGAAUCAACCACCAUCCAGAAACACAGCAUCAUCCCUCCACUUCCGUGA